AUGACUUCUUGAUAGACAAGCACAAACGAAAUAACUGACACCCACGAGUUAAUCUUACAAUGAUUUUUUUUUUAACACACACACACAUUUACAGCAAUAUGUUAGUCACCCUUAAAGAUACAUAUUGAAACUUUAUUGUGUGUCGUCGUGGCGUAGUGAUGGGGUGCGUAUCUAGGGGGAACGAAGAACUGGUUGGCCUUGUGAUCUCCCGAUUUAUAACCGGUCCUUGCAUACGUCUCUAAGCUCCGCUGUGUCAUCUGUGACACUGUGGCAGUACUACCAACACCCGUAACACUGCAGUGGGUUAUAUUUGAAAGAAGCAUUAAAUGUCAAUAAAACACAAAUCUUAUUGAUAUGAUUAUCAAUAGAACGUAGCAAGCAUAACAAUAUGCAUACACCAGAAUGGCGAUCUCUUACUAUGGAGGGAGUGAGGGUGUUCGUCAGCUCCGCCGUGGUGUUCCCAGAGGAGACCUGUCCCGCUGUGAUACAGGUUAAGGAUGGCAGAAUCCACCACAUCGCGCGGCACUCCACUGACACCUCCGCCUUCCCCAGCCACCAGGUGGAGGACUGCGGCGACCUAGUGCUGAUGCCUGGUGUGGUGGACUCUCAUGUGCACGUCAACGAGCCGGGACGCACCGCCUGGGAGGGCUACAACACAGCCACGCGGGCGGCACUGGCGGGCGGCGUCACCACAAUCGUUGACAUGCCGCUGAACUCCAUCCCGCCAACGACGACUAUGGAUGCAUGGGAAGCCAAGAUGAAGGCGGCGCGAGGGCAGUGUUGGGCUGACGUGGGCUUCUGGGGCGGCGUGAUUCCUGGCAACGCGAUGGAGCUGCGCAGGAUGGUGGAAGGCGGCAUUUGCGGCUUCAAGUGCUUUCUUAUUCACAGUGGCGUCGACGAAUUUCCUAGCGUGAAUUUCGCCGAGGUGGAGGAGGCGCUCACACGACUGUCCGGCACCAACUCUGUCCUUCUGUUCCACGCGGAAUGUGACGUUGGCGAGACGGUGACUGAGGCUGACCCUCCUCACGCAUACAAGACGUUCCUCAAGUCCAGGCCGCAGGAGAUGGAGGAGGUGGCCAUCAAGAAGGUGAUCAGCCUUUGCGAGAAGACUAAGGUUCGGUGUCACAUCGUUCACCUGUCUGCUAGCAACGCCCUUCCUCUGAUCCGCGAGGCGCAGGCAAAGAGCGUCCCACUGAGUGUCGAGACCUGCCACCACUAUCUCACCUUCGCCGCCGAGGACAUCCCGGACAAGGCCACGCAGUACAAGUGUUGCCCGCCCAUCAGGGAGGCCGACAACAGGGAGCUGCUGUGGGAGGCGGUAAGGGACGGCACCAUCCAGCAGGUGGUGAGCGACCAUUCCCCGUGCACGCCCGACCUCAAACUUCCCGGACAGAUGCAUUUCAUGGAGGCGUGGGGCGGCAUCUCCUCCCUGCAGUUCGGUCUGUCACUGUUCUGGGGCGGGGCGCGGGACCGAGGCUUCACUCUGCAGGAUGUGGUGAGGUAUAUGUCAGAGGCACCGGCCAGACAAGCAUCCCUGCAUCACCGUAAGGCUGCGCUGAAGGUGGGAUAUGACGCGGAUUUCGUCAUCUGGAACCCCAACGAGACUUUCAAGGUACAGGAGAACGCCAUACAACACAAAAACAAGGUGACACCUUAUCUGGGGCGGGUGUUACAAGGCCGUGUGUACCGCACUGUGCUGAGGGGCCGCGUGGUGUAUGAGGAGGGCGCCUUCAGCACCAAGGAGCCCCAGGGAACCUUCGUGUUCGCCACCACUUCGUCCACGCCUCAGACGUUCAUCAGUGCCAAUCUGUAGGUAACACGCACCCUCGAGAGAGCCACAGCCUGCUCACCAUAGGCCUUUUUUUUUUUUUUUUCAUUUUCCUUUGAUCGUUUGUCGUUGUAAAAGGAACAUUGGCCUAGACCUAGAGCAACAAAAGAAGAAGAAGCAGAAGAAGAAGAAGAGACUCACAGAGUUGCCAGUCACUCAAGAAGGCUCAAAAUGUCUCAAUCGAAUAAAAAAAAAAAAAAAAAAAACAGGAAAACAGGGGGAAGCUGCAAAAAGCAAAAAUCAUUUAUCUAAGAAUAUGUGAACUUUCACUCCAUAUAAUUCAACAUAUUUACCUGCAUGGAAAAGUUCAUUAUGUUUUCUUGCCAUUGUAUCAAAUGAUAAAAUACAUAAAACUUAGAAAUUUUCGAGAA